CUUCCUCAUUUAAGCCAAACCUGCACAGUGAAGGGAAGCAGUUCCUGCAUGUAGCGUAUUCUCAAUCUGCCAAUUCUGAACUAUCUCUGAGUUUUUUGCUGAUUUGAGCUGGUACUGCGUCAUUGUCAAGCCUCUGGGAUAUUGAUUGAAGCUUCUGUCAGCCAAGACAGUUUCCAAAAUAGGAAAUUCUUCUUAGGUUCUGGUUUAAGAUGACACCAUUGCAAUUCAAAGAUGCUUUCUGGGGAGCAGAUUUCUGCAGCAACCUGGGCUAUGAAGCGCUCAUCCAGAGACUGUGUGAUGGCCGCCGGAUGUGCAAGGACAUGGAGGACCUCCUGAAGAUGAGGGCAAUGGCAGAGGAAAGGUAUGGCAAGGAGUUGGUGACCAUUGCUCGCAAAGCCGGAGGCCAAAGUGAGAUCAGUACUUUGAAAGCUUCAUUUGAUCAACUGAAAGCACAGAUUGAGAAUGUUGGGAACCUGCACAUACAGCUGUCAGGGGUGCUCAAGGACGAGGUGAAGAGGAUGGAGCAGUUUAGGGAGCGGCAAAAAGAGAAGAGGAAAAAGUUCGAGGGGAUCAUGGAGAAGGUACAGAAGACCAAAAUUGCUUUAUUUAAGAAAACAAUGGAGUCUAAGAAGCUGUACGAGCAGAAGUGUAAAGAGGCAGAUGAGGCGGAGCAGGCUGCUGAGAGAGUAAACAGUGCUCCCACUGCCACACCCAAACAGGCUGAGAAGGUACAGAACAAGGCCAAACAAUGCAGAGAAGCAGCAGUAGAUGCAGAGAAGCAGUACAUGUCCAAUAUCGAGCAGCUUGACAAGAUUCGCCAGGAAUGGGAGUCAACCCACGAGAGCACAUGUGAGGUCUUUCAGCAAGAGGAAGGAGAACGCGUCAACAUUAUGAGAAAUGCAAUGUGGGUUCAUUGCAACCACUUCUCACUGCAGUCUGUAAAGGAUGACGAGUGUUAUGAGGAAGUGCGCCUGAGCUUGGAGGAGUGUGACAUCACAGUUGACAACAACAGUUUCAUUGAGCUGAAGAGCACAGGCACCACCCCACCAGUGCCCAUUGUGUUUGAGAACUACUACGACAGAGAGCCGUGCACAGACAGCAAUGGCAUUGGAGGGCGCUUUGGUGGAGGGGUCAUGAAAAGGUUUUCAAAUCUUUUGCAAGGAAACUCUAGUGCCAGCAGGAACAAUGUCAAUGAUGGUGUGUCAACAGCUAUACCCUCUGCUGAUUCAGAUGGAGUGUAUGCUUCCAUCCCUGGGUUUGUGCCCGGAGGAGCACCAAGAGCUGCAGCAGUAGAGGAGUACCAGGCGCUCUAUGAAUAUGUUGCUCAGAGCUCAGAUGAGCUGUCCAUCUCCGUGGGGGAGAUAGUGGUGGUGGUAGACCAGGGUCAAGAUGGCUGGUGGACGGUGGAAAGUAAAGGCCAGUCAGGUCUGGUCCCGGGAUCUUACCUCGACAAAGUCUGAGAGGGAGCACACACACACACACACAUACACACAUGCACACACACACACACACUGAGAGGACCCUGUUACAGGUUGACAGCUGUGUGGGCUUAUCCAGUGCCGAUCUGACUCAGAGGUGUGAGGCACCGGCUUAACAGCAGUUUUAUUCAGGGUAACGUAUUUAUAUGGUAUGUGAAAAGGGGAGCUCAUUUCAAGCAGGCACUACAGGCUAGCAUAACACAAUUGUAGCGCAGUAGAUCUAGUUGUAACUGAACUGUUCAUUUCCAAUAUUUCUUUUGUGUGAUGUAUGUUAAAGAUGAGAUAUUACUAUUCAGUGGCAAGGGAUGUUCCAUAGGUGGGGGUAAUUUAAAUUAAGAUGUUCCUUGCUUAAGGCUAGUGAACUUCAACUACAGCCAUUAACAUUUCUACUGUGCGUCACUGUGUUUUGUUGUUGUUAGUUUGUGGUAUUGUCAAUAUAUCAAGAGGAAAUUUGAUUUUCUUUAGCACAAACUAUGUGAAUGUAUUUGAUGCAAUAAUACUCUUUCAAUUCAGACUCACUUCUGAGUCUGUAGAGAGUAUUUGCAAAAUGUAAUUUAUAAUCAAACUGGCAUUUCUUCUGGCUUCAUCUGUUAACCUGUAAAAAUGUUUUAAUAUGAUUAAACUGCACUGUUUCUUUAUGGCCA